CUACCUUUCCCUCACCCCUUUGCCCUCUUUCGUUCUUCCUAUUCACUUCCCCUUUGCUUCAGCUGACUCUCGAGUCCUCAUUGCAUCUGCUUCUUUUUACCGAGCAGUCCUCAAAACGGAUCCGAGAUCGGACGACCACCAGCUCAACACUCAUAGUUCAGACCACUCCUCGGCCUCCAUCACGGCCGCCCUGGAGGCUAUCCGCGGUGAACUGGACAGCGUCCACGCUGCAGUCGGCGACAUCAGUGGCAACAACGGUUUUGAGUCGGGCUUCAACAGCCUCGCCCGGGCGCAGCACUUUCUGCCCGACCUUGUGACCCCGGAGAACAGUUCUAACAACACCCAGGAGUGCUCAGACAUCGAAGAGUUCAUCAGGGUCGGGGUUUCCGGUGUUAGCGCGGUGGAUUCGUCCAGUCUGCCCGUCACCGCUGAUCUCCUGCCUCCGCCCUCUCUGGAGGCGACGGACUCUGUUUUCACCCCAACUCCAGUUGGGGACAUUUGGCUACAUCAUUACAACAAUCCACAACCCCUGUCCAAGACCGACGAACCUGCGCCUGCACUCGGCGUCUCGAUAGACAACUUUUUGCCGCCACUCGAGGAGGGACUGUCAGUGCUUGACGGACAAUCUGGUGAGGAGACAGAGGAUUGUUCUCUUCCUCUUCUCCAGGCUCAAGCCUACUGUCUGGAGACGGCCUUUGGGGAAUUCGCCCUCGAAAGCAUAGAAGCCAACCCCUCGCCCUCUCCUCCUCCUCCUCCGCCCCCUUUUCCUGCGGGCCCCUCAGUUCAGGUGCUGCCAGACGUGGACUUAGUUCUGAGUCUAGACGACCAACAGGAGGAUCUACCGGGUCUCAACGACGCCCUCUUGAUUGCACCCCUGGCCGGCAGAUCCAUCUUAGACUCUCCGAGUAAGUCGGACACGGCGGAUCAGUCUCUUCCCUACUCGGACGAUUCAGUGCACGGACAGUCAUUUUCGUGCCUUCACAACCGAGACGAGCCAUUCGAGGAACCCGCUUCGUACAGGGACGAAGCUGAACUCGGAUUCAGUCCUGAUCCUACAGUUGACUCGAGCCACGCUACAGAGUCCUGUCUCAGAUCUGAAUUUCAGUCGACGUGGCUACAGACUGAAGCCAGUCAGCCAGGCCAGACUCAACCAGACCUGACACACAGCGCCUCCCGAGGCGACAGUGGUAACCUAGGCGGCAGCCUGUUCGCAGACGCCAACACUUACGCCGUUGGCGGCAACUUCGGACCCAGUCUCGCCGGCUGCUGCAGCCUGAUUGCCACCUCAAUAGGCGGGGGCGGAACCACUACCACUGGAGACGAGUUUUCGACUCUUGCCGAUCUGGUCUCGACGCGAGAUACAAGCAGCUCAGGUCCUGAAGACGAGGUGCACGAUCUCAUUGCCGAGAUCGACAGCCCGGCACACCAGGAAGCCGGUCAGUCGUCAGCGGCAGACGAGCUCAGUGUAGAAGCUAACGUACGACAACAGUCCGUUGACGAGAUCUGCGCCCUAGAUCAGUCUGAUCCGUUUGUCGGUACGGCUAAGGACGUCUCGGAGGUCAUGAUGAUCGCUCAACCGGGCCUCUCUCCGGUCUCCUUGCAGUCCGUUGCCGGCUACUCAGAGAAUCGAGACUCUUUUGCCUCUUCACAACUCGAUGCCGAGGUGAUGCUGGCCCAGGUUGCCUCGGCAACUGCCUCCUAUGAACAAUAUGAUCAAAUGCAGCAGCAUCAUGCUGACUUUUAUCCAAACAACUUCAGCGAUCACCACCAGCCACAAAAUGGAGAUAUGGGACCGCCUAGCUAUUUAUUUGACGGUGACCAGGCCGUAGCAGUGUCAGCUCGGCACAGUGACUAUAUGUAUCCGAGGCAAGCCGGCAUCAGGGCCCCAGCGGAGCAUCGAAGCAGCUACGGUGGCAGCAGUGGACACCACGACGACGUGCCCCUGGAUGGGGACGAGAAUGAGGCAGACGAACCAGAUCUGGGCGGGGAGGAUGAGGAGGAGGAGGAGGACAGGGAGGGGGUGAUGUCGAUGGAGCCCGGAGAUAGGGUCUCGGAGCCAUACCCGCUGACCGCAAUGACGACAGUCGAUGAGCUGACCAAGUGGGACUUGCCCAAGAGAGCCCCUGGCGUGUCGACCUCUUCGCACUAUGACACUGUCGGCGAAGUCGUGAACGGGACGAUGGAGCAACAAUGUAAGUGGUUGGGUUUCUCGAAGCAGAACUCGAGUCACUCAUGA